AUGGUUGCAGCCAAGAAUAGGCAUUUACAUCAGUUGGAUGUAAACAUUGCCUUUCCUGCAUGGAGACUUCUCAAUCAGCAGUUUAAGCUCAAGGACUUAGGUGAUUUGAAGUUCUUCUUGGGCUUAGAAAUUGCCAGGAAGUCUACUGGCAUUUCACUUUGUCAACACAAAUAUGCUAUUGAGAUCCUAGAAGAUUCUGGUUUGCUUGCUUGCAAACCAUCGAAGUUCCCUAUGGAUUCGAACCUUAGACUUUCUAAACAUGAAGGCUUGUUAUUAGAUGAUCCUACUCCCUACAGAAGAUUGAUUGGCAAACCCUUGUAUCUUUCCAUUACUCAUCUAGAUUUGGUUUAUUCCAUUCAGGUUUUAAGUCAGUUCAUGUCUCAGCCUCGACAACCUCAUUUAGAUGUUGCUUAUAAGGUUCUUCAUUACAUCAAGUCUGCUCCAAAGCCAAGGGUUGUUCUUUCCUGCUUUUUCUGA